AUGAGUGACACGAACCAGACCAUUGUGGGACCCUCGGGACUCCCCACGGUGUCAGCCAUGACCUCUGGGCCAGGCUCUGGGGCCCGGGCAUGGCCUGUGCUGGUGGGGGUUGUGCUGGGAGCUGUGGUCCUCUCUCUCCUCAUUGCACUUGCUGCCAAAUGCCACCUUUGCCGCAAGUACCGCAUCAGCUACCAGCACCGCCCACUGCCCAGGACAAGGAAGGGGAUCUGUCCGGAGGCCGGUGAAGAUGAUGAUGGCUUCAUUGAGGACAAUUACAUUCAGCCUGGGGCCAGCGAGCUGGGGACAGAAGGUAGCAGGCACCAUUUCUCCCUCUGA